AUGAGUAAAGAAUCAAACAUAAGUGGUGUGUCGAAGAGGGACAGAUUGGAUUGGAAUGCACAAAUGGAUGAUAUAUUUGUGGAUGCAUUACAUAAUCAAUAUCUCAAGGGAAAUAUGCAUGAUGGGACAUUCACAACAAGAGCUUAUCAUGAAAUUGUUGAGGAAUUGAAACAAAAACUCGGAAUUGAUAUCAACAAAGCUAAAGUGAAGAAUCGAUUAAAAACAACCAAGACUCGUUUUAACGAGUGUUUGGACUUGUUCAAAAAUGGUUUGAGUGGGUUUGCUUGGAGUCAAGAAACAAAAAUGUGGAACGCUGAACCUGAAGUUUGGGCUGAUUUGACUGCGGCAAAACCAGCUGCUGAGAAAUGGAAGACUGCUACGAUUUCUAAUUAUGAUAAGUUGCUGGAUUUAUUUGGCAAGGAUAGGGCAAGGGGGUUUAAUGCCCUAACUGCUAAGGAGAGGAUGGCUAAAUGGUCAGCAAAUGAUAAGGAGAAGAAUAAUGAAUCAACAGCAAGUGCUAGUGAGAGGAGUAAUGAAUGGGUGCCAACUCAUAAUGAUGAUCCUAUGGAUAGCAUUUAUGGUAUUGAUCACUUGGUGUCACGGAAUGAAGCAAGUUUGGAUAAUACGGGUUUUUUGGAUACUGAGUUUGAAUAUAUGAAUAUGAUGUCUCCUGAAACACCUUCAAGUGUACCUUCCCAUUCCACUUCUUCUUCAAAAGGAAAAAGAAAAAGGAAAUCCUCGACUACUAAUCAAGACAACCUAAUGAUUGGAGUAGUGAGCGGUGUUGCUGAAUCUCUUAAAGAGGGAAAUGAACUUCUUAAAGAGGGAAAUGAACUUCAGAAAACAUUCAACAAUCUUUAUGAGAAGUGCAACCAAAAGGGAAAAUAUGAAGAAGAUAUCUUUAAGGAGUUGGCAGCAAUUGGAAUAGAGGAGCAUGCAAUUGUUGACGCUUUCAUUUUUUUGACUACGCAUGACCAUCCUGAUAGAGUGACACAAUUUCUUGGUUGUCCAUUUAAUCAUCGCAAGCAACUCUUGGAGAAAUUGAUGUCACGUGCUUCUAGACAUUGA